AUGGAGAACGGUCCCAAGGAACAAAGCGAAGUAGAAGCUAAAGUACUUGACAAGGUCGGAGAAGUAAUCUCAGACGUAAAGAAGGCCAAGCACGUAAACGAAGUGAUUUGCGCGCUUCACUCCCUCGCUAUUCUUCUCUUCCCUCUCGACGCCUCUCUUAUCUCAGGUGCUAUUGAUGAGCGAUGCAGAGAGCUGGUACUUGGUGCCAAGGCUCCUUCGGCUGAUGAGAGGAGCGAGUGGUGGCAAGUAUUCUAUGGAGGAGCUGCAUUCUCGACAUUUGCUCGGGUUCUGUUAAUUGAUAUUGCUUCCGACUGGCUAGCUUGCUUCCCCUUUUCAGCACGUAAACAUGUCUAUGAUGUUUUCUUUGUUAAUGGACUUGCCACUGAGGUUGUUCAGACCUUGGUCCCUUGUCUACAUCAGAGUGGAAGUGACGAUCUUGAUGUUAAGGCUGUACACUCUAAUACUGAAAGGUUACUCAUACUUUGCUUGCUUGAAAGUAACGGGGUGCUCCAGAUGGCUAGAGAAUUCAGCAGUUCUUCCCAUUCUGAAGAUUAUAUAAAUGAAAAUCUUAAGCCAGCUGUAUCUAGAGUAGCCCAGAUCGUUGCAUCUAUACCUGACAAAGCACAAUUGAGAGCCCCAACUUCGCUUUCAUCACAUUUUUUCUUCAAGCAAGUUACCAUCCAACUUCUUACUCUAGCAGAAGAAAGGAAUAUGAAUCUAUUAGAAGGAGCAUGCCUUAAAAGUGACAUGAAUGGGACCUUACUAUUUGUUGGGGAGAUAUUUUCUCGUGUAUGUCGGCGUGGAUCUGUAGAUGUGCUUUUAAGCGAAAUAAUUCCACGGGUUCUUAGUCAUGUACGGAGCUUAUUAUCAUUAAAUAUAGAUCCACUUGUCUCGGAUGUUUUCAAAUCAAACCCCGGUUCCCAAUUUUGGUUGAACAUGAUACAAGCUAUGAAAGAUUCUUAUGCUGUGGAAAGAAUAUCUGAGCAGCUUUUACAUCAGCUUGCAACUGAACGUUUGAGUGAUGUUGAAGCCUACUGGAUUCUUUGGCUAUUAUUUCAUCGGGUUUCUAAAUACCAGAUAUCAGUGAGGGCAAUGUUUGCUGACAAAUUCUUACUCUGGAAAGUAUUUCCUGUUUGUUGCCUGCGAUGGAUCCUUCAGUUUGCUGUUCUUGAAUGCCCACCUGAAAGUAAUUCACUUGCUAAAGGUCAUAAUACCCGAAAUUUCUUAGACACAUUGCAGCAUCUGGUAGCAGUAUGGUCUAAUAAGGAGUUUGUGCAAUCAGCCCCAACUGAGCAGCAAAUUUAUGUAUCUGCAGCUGUAGGCCUUUCCCUGGAAAAGAUGUCUAAAGAGGAACUAGAUGAGACUAAGGAUGUGCUGCACUCAAUUCUCAAAGGAGUGAGCUGUAGGCUGGAAAGCCCUAAUAAUUUGAUUCGGAAAAUGGCCAGCAGUGUCGCCUUAGCUUUCUCCAAGGUGAUUGACCCAAAAAAUCCUCUAUACCUUGAUGAUAGCUGCACUGGGGAUACUAUCGACUGGGAAUUUGGGUUGUCUACCCCUGAGAAAGGGACUCCUGAACAGGGUAUUGACAAAACUGAAACAUCUACUACCUCAGUUCUAGAAAAGGGCUUCACCCACAAGGGCAAUGAUGAGAUAGCAAGCAAUGGGAAGAGUAAAAAUAAAAAAAUAACUGAAUCUAAGUUGGUUGAUCCAGACGAGAUCAUUGAUCCAGUUACACUAAAUUACGAAUCGGCCUCUGAUGAAGAUGACAAUGAUGAUGCUAGUGAGAAUUCCGAUGUCUCGAGUGACUCAUCUUUACAGCCAUAUGAUUUGGCAGAUGAUGACACAGAUUUGAAAAGAAAAUUUUCACAGUUGGUUGAUGUGGUUGGGGCACUUCGGAAAUCUGAUGAUGCUGAUGGGGUGGAGAAUGCUCUUGCUGUUGCUGAAAAGCUUGUCAGAGCAUCACCUGAUGAGCUUAAGCAUGUAGCAAGUGAUCUUGUCAGAACUCUAGUUCAGGUUCGUUGCUCUGACUUGGCUGUAGAAGGUGAGGAAGAUUCAGCUGAAGACAAGAGACAGAGAGCAUUGGUUGCUUUGCUUGUCACAUGUCCUUUGGAAUCUCUUGAGACUUUAAACAAACUACUAUAUUCACCUAAUGUGGAUGUCAGUCAACGCAUAAUGAUACUUGAUGUCAUGACUGAGGCUGCUCAGGAGCUUGCUCAUACUAAAAUUAUAAAGCCUAAACAGGCUACGGCCCUCAUAGCAACCACGUCAGAGACCCAAGCUUGGUUCUUGCCAAGCGACAUAGGGCCCCCUGGAUCUGGUCCCUGGAAAGAGAUUUCAGAAUCAAGAUCUUUACUGAAUUGGACGAAUCGUUAUGAGAGGGAACUUCCUUCAAAACCUGGUCAGAUUAAGAGAGGCAAAACGCGGCAAUGGAGCCUAAGAUCAGCAAAUAAACAAGAAGCCCAAUUAGAAUGGUCCCAUAAUAAGUUUCCGGUGUAUGCAGCAGCAUUUAUGCUCCCUGCCAUGCAGGGCUUUGAUAAGAAAAGGCAGGGUGUUGACUUGCUUGAUAGAGAUUUUAUCGUCCUGGGAAAGCUCAUCUAUAUGCUUGGUAUUUGUAUGAAAUGUGCAGCCAUGCAUCCAGAAGCCUCUGCACUGGCUGCCCCUCUUCUAGAUAUGCUAAGAUCCAGGGAGGUAUGUCUUCACAAGGAAGCUUAUGUUAGAAGAGCUGUUCUUUUUGCAGCUUCAUGCGUAUUGCUAUCUCUUCAUCCCUCUUAUGUAGCAACCUCCUUAGUUGAAGGAAAUGUCGAAAUUUCGAACGGGCUUGAAUGGGUGCGCACGUGGGCGCUUCAGGUAGCUGAAUCAGACAAUGAUAGAGAGUGCUAUACGAUGGCUAUGGCAUGCCUACAAGUCCAUGCUGAGAUGGCCCUCCAAGCUUCACGAGCACUAGAGUCAACAGAAGCUACAUCCAUUUCGAAGAAUGUCGGGCUUCCUUCCAGUCUGUCCAAAGGGACAAUUAUAAUCCCACAAUCCAGUGUGAAAUACCAAUAGUUUAUUGAUUUUGUUCACCGAAAAGAAAAUUUUAUAUUAAGUCAGCCUUUUUGUAACCUGUUUUGUACAGUUCAUGCCACUAAUUGAUAUCGCUAUUUUGUAAA